GGCGGCGGCGGCGCAGACAAAGGCGCGGGCGGGCGACGGCGGAGCGCGCGGGGCCCGGGCUGCGCGGAGUCAGCGACGCCGACGGGACCAAAUCGGCUGCUCUGGCCGCCUGGCCACCCCAGCCUGACCAAUGUCCACAGCCAGGGAGCAGCCCAUCUUCAGCACUCGGGCCCACGUGUUCCACAUCGACCCCACCACCAAGCGGAACUGGGUCCCUGCCGGCAAGCACGCCCUCACCGUCUCCUAUUUCUACGAUGCCACCCGUAACGUGUACCGCAUCAUCAGCAUUGGGGGCGCCAAGGCCAUCAUCAACAGUACCGUCACCCCCAACAUGACCUUCACCAAAACCUCCCAGAAGUUUGGCCAGUGGGCGGACAGCCGGGCCAACACCGUCUAUGGCUUGGGCUUUGCGUCUGAACAGCAUCUGACCCAGUUUGCAGACAAGUUCCAGGAGGUGAAGGAGGCCGCGCGGCUGGCCCGGGACAAGUCCCAGGACGGGGGCGAGCUGCCCAGCGCGGCCCUGGGGCUCGCGGCCCACCAGGUGCCGCCGAGCCCCCUGGUCAGCGCCAACGGCCCCGGGGAGGAGAAGCUGUUCCGCAGCCAGAGCGCCGAGGCCCCGGGCCCCACCGAGCGGGAGCGGCUGAAGAAGAUGCUGUCCGAGGGCUCGGUGGGCGAGGUGCAGUGGGAGGCCGAGUUCUUCGCGCUGCAGGACAGCAACAAUAAGCUGGCGGGCGCGCUGCGGGAGGCCAACGCCGCGGCCGCCCAGUGGAGGCAGCAGCUGGAGGCCCAGCAAGCGGAGGCCGAGCGGCUGCGCCAGCGGGUGGCGGAGCUGGAGGCGCAGGCGGCCGCGGAGCCGCCCCCGGCCGGCGAGGAGGCGCCGGGCCCGGCACGGGAGCAGCUGGAGGCGCUGGUGCAGACCAAGGACCAGGAGAUCCAGACGCUGCGGAGCCAGGCUGCGGGGCCCCGGGAGGCGCCCGAGGCCGCGGCGGAGCGCGAGGAGGCGCAGCAGAAGGUGCAGGACCUAGAGACCCGCAACGCGGAGCUGGAGCACCAGCUGCGGGCGACGGAGCGCAGCCUGGAGGAGGCGCGGGCCGAGCGCGAGCGGGCGCGGGCCGAGGUGGGGCGCGCGGCGCAGCUGCUGGACGUGCGGCUGUUCGAGCUGAGCGAGCUGCGCGAGGGCCUGGCGCGCCUGGCGGAGCCCGCGCCCUGAGCCCGCGCCUGGCGGAUCCUGAGCCCGCGCCUGGCGGAGCCCGCGCC